GAAUUGCAGUUACUGCUCUCUCACACUGCUCCUCUCUCUUUUUUUCCUUUACUCUUUUGCAAAGAGAAUGCAAGAUCAAAGAACAAAUCUUUAGAAGUUAGACCACUAAAAUCCCAUUGCUCCUCCUCUUUGAGCUCUAGAACUACCUCUCCUCAGAUUCUAAAAAUCAAACAAGAGAAGCAGCAUGAAGUGCUACUAUUAAAUUAGUAGCUGGAUAUAUCUAAGUUAACGAGUUUUUGUGAAUACCCAGUUUGAGUUUCCUCUGAAUUUGGUCGUAGUGUGAUGCCAGUUAUACACUGGAGAUGGAGAGGCCUCUGAAAGAAGAACAAAUUCCAUUGGAUGUAAAAGCACAAAAGGAAUCAACCCAUGAUGCUGCUAGCAUCAAGAGUAUGGACUCCUGCGACGAAGGAUCAAGCUCUUUCUCGGGUGCAAGCCAUCCCCCAGAGCCAAUCGAUUCCGAUCUCAUGGGCUCAAUGUUCGUCCCAAUCGACGAGAGCAGGGCUCAAGCAAGCUGUUUGAUGAGAGCCCUCUCAGUCAAAGGACCCUUCAUAGAAAAUCUCUCCAUUAAAAUCCCUAACGAGAAGCCAACCAUUGCUCCCAAUUCUCCUUUAAAUGAUUUGGGUUCUGUCAAUUCCCCAUUCUCGAUCCCUCGUGCAUCUCAAACAACAGAAAAUUCUGAGAAGGAGUGUGUGUGGGAUGCUUCUUUGCCUCCUAGUGGCAAUGUAAGCCCUCUCACUAGCAUUGACAGCGCAAGUGUAGACGCAGCAGUGAGCAUCGUGCAUAAAUGCUUGGCUUCAUAUAAGAGCAAUGGGUUCAUCGGGGAGAAGAACUGUGAGAGUGCGAAGGAAAGUGCUGUAGGAGACUCACUAGGAAGUACAAAGACUAGCAUUAGCCGAGCGAGUGAUAGCAGCAGCCUAAGCGAUGAUAGUACUUGGAGUAGUGUAACUGGAGGUGUUAACAAGCCCCAUAAAGGGAAUGAUCCGAGAUGGAAAGCUAUCAUAGCCAUUAGGGCUCGCAAUGGUUUGUUGGGGAUGAACCAUUUUCGGCUUUUGAGGAGGCUCGGGUGUGGUGAUAUCGGAAGUGUUUAUCUUUCGGAGUUGAGUGGGACCCGUUGCUAUUUCGCAAUGAAGGUGAUGGAUAAGGCAUCACUUGCUAGCAGGAAGAAGCUAGCAAGGGCUCAGACGGAGAGGGAGAUUCUUCAGCUUCUCGAUCAUCCUUUCUUGCCGACUUUGUAUACACAUUUUGAGACUGAUAGGUUUUCAUGUUUGGUUAUGGAGUUUUGCCCUGGUGGUGAUUUGCAUACUUUGAGGCAGCGGCAGCCUGGAAAGCAUUUUUCUGAAUAUGCAGCGAGGUUUUACGCAGCUGAAGUACUAUUAGCUCUUGAGUAUCUCCACAUGCUUGGAAUAGUCUACAGAGACCUCAAACCUGAAAAUGUACUCGUUCGAGAUGAUGGCCAUAUAAUGCUCUCAGAUUUUGACCUAUCGCUUCGUUGUGCAGUUUCACCAACCCUAAUAAAAUCCUCACCACUAGAUCACAAUCCAUCCAAACAGUCAACAGCAUUCUGUGUCCAACCUUCAUGCAUCAAUCCUACUUCCUCUUGUAUCCAACCCUCCUGCUUUCUUCCUCGCAUUUUCCCUCAAAAAUCCAGAACCAAAAACAAAAACUCGAAGAAUUCAAAACCCGAGCUUUUGGCUGAGCCCACAGCAGCAAGAUCAAUGUCCUUUGUCGGUACCCAUGAAUACCUUGCUCCUGAGAUCAUCAAAGGUGAAGGCCAUGGAAGUGCAGUAGACUGGUGGACUUUCGGUAUUUUCCUCUACGAACUUUUAUACGGGAAAACUCCAUUUAAAGGGUCAGGCAACAGAGCAACUCUCUUCAAUGUAGUCGGUCAGCAGCUGAAAUUUCCCGACGCACCUUCGACGAGUUAUGCAGGUAGAGAUUUGAUCAGGGGGCUUUUGGUAAAAGAGCCACAACAAAGGUUUGGAUUUAAGAGAGGAGCUACCGAGAUUAAGCAGCAUCCGUUCUUUGAGGGUGUGAAUUGGGCUUUGAUUAGGUGUAGUACGCCGCCGGAGCUUCCAAGGCCUGCACCAGAGAUUGAAGUUCCAGUGAAGUUUGGGGUUGGAGCAGGGAGCAGUAGUAAGAGGAUUGUUGGAGCUGAUGUUAAGUCUGGGGGAAACUUUCUGGACUUUGAGUUCUUUUAGUAUAGGGUCUUUUUUCCUUUUUCUUUUUUAAAAUUUUAGUCUUUAUAUCAGUGGUUUACUUUAUAGAAGUUAUUCGAGUAGGUGAGUUUAGUUAGACUAGAUAUUGAUCUUUGGGCAAUAGAGUCAGUGGACGGAUGAGCAUUGUAAUUGUAUCUUUACUUUGCUUUACGUUUUAAAUACCUCUUUCCUAUUUAAAUGUGCAAGUUUCUUUCAAA